UUGACGGGUCUUCAGAGCUCGUCUGUGGGCAUACCCGCCAUAGCCAGAUCUCCUAGCCCAGUCGCCAUGCCCGUGCAAAUACAAGGAGCACUCUCACCUCCUGUGCUACUCUCGAAUUUCCAGAAAGAGGGCGAGUCCGCGACUUUCAGCUCCGGUCAUCCAAAGCAGUGGGGGGAAGAACUGAAAACGUUUGCCUUCGACAAGCGUAUCAAUUCCGCUUCUCUAACCCAUGAUGAGAAAUUCCUAGCUCUCGGAGUUGGGCAGGACAUUCUUAUAUACGAUGUAGCGACAUUCACAGUCAUUGAGAUACUGCGAGGUCCUGUAGCGGAGGUUGGCUAUAUUCAGUUUGCACCGGAAGGGUUUUCAUCACGUCACGGUGGCUAUAUGCUCGUCUCAGAUACCUCAUCGACUGUUCGGAGCGAACCUCUUAUUGUCAUCUGGUACCUUAACGCGAACGGUGGAUCUCGCGAAAAGCAAAGGUCCAUAGAUGUCCAGCUCGUCACAGCGGGAGCUGUGGAUCGAGCCUUUGAAAUGUUAUCGACAUUGGACCCGUCGGACAAUUGGUCACGAUCUGAAGAAGCUGUAUCACUUCUGGAGACUCGUUUCAGAAAUACCAUCGAAGAGGCAGCGCGUUUACACAAUGCUUCUCGGCAAGCACUCAUCUCUAAGGCUACUUUUCCGGGAUUUGGAUCGGUGGUCUUCAGUCCCGAUGGGUGCAGAUUGCUCUAUAAAUCUGUAACGACGGAUGAACGUGCCGGCCGUCAAGAACAAGUUAUGGUGUACGACGUGGCUUCUCGAAAGAAUCUCCUCCGUCUAGAGGGACACACUGGUGCUAUCGUAUGGGCUGGUUAUUCCCCCAAUGGCAGACACAUUGCAUCCUCAUCAUGGGACCAAACACUGAAAGUCUAUUCUGCUGAGAAUGGCGCACUCCUACGGAGUUACGGUCACACUGGUGGCCAAAAUUGGGGUGCAUCGUUCUCCCCUGACAGUCGAUUCAUCGCUGUGGGAACUGGUUCUCGUAAAGUAUUCAUCUGGGAAGUCAAUGACCCGCAGGCUACUGCUAUCGAGAUCAAUGGGUUUCCUGCGUGGGUGAGGUCUCUUGACUGGAGUCCUGACUCAAAGCUGCUGGCAGCUGGAGGUCGAAACGGAAAGCUGGUGGUUUUCAACAUUCAUACGAAACAGACCGAACAAGUCUGGCAAAUCGACAAGGAAAAUAGCGGGCUCGGCUUUGUGGAAAUCAAUGAUAUUCGGUGGCUCAAUAUCAAAUCUGCCAACCGGGAGGAGAGCAGGGAAGUCCUCGCCUUUAAUCCAGGCAAUGCUUCAUUGCUCAUCUACGAUUUUGAUACCAACCAAGAGCUAUACUUCGGUCCGAAGCCGGACUCACCUUGGAGUCCAGGAUAUUGGCAUAGUACCAUUAAGGUGUUCUAUCGCAGUGGAUUGAUUGGAAGCAUUGACCAAGAUGGGAAGAUGCGAGUGUGGAGAUUGCCCUUUGGUGUGGGAGACUUCCCAAGGGCAUAAUUAGGAAAAGGCGAGUAAAGCGUCUGUCUCUUGUCUCCAAGUCAAAUAGUUGGCUGGUACCACCGUUACAAGUAUCCUGGGUUAUUCCUUCAGAAAGGUAUAUGUAUCCUCCAGGUCUUUCUAGGAUCACGUU